GGCACCGGUGCUAUUUUGACGAGCAUUUAAUAUUAAUUAAUACUUAUUUGGUGAAAGAUAAAACUGGUUUUGAACGAUAACCAAAAAGGUGGACAAAAAAUGGAUGAACUUUUAAACGAUGUGGUACCUCAAGAAGAUUUGGAGAGGUUUGAAAAGAAAUAUCAUCACGAACUUGAGUUGGAUGGGGAAGUUACAACAGAGACAAAGUUUGAGUAUGCAUUCUGUCUGGUCCGUAGUCGGUACACAAAUGAUAUCAAAAAGGGUAUUAUGAUAUUGGAAGAGUUAGCCCGUUCUCAUCCAGAUGGAAGGCGUGAUUAUAUAUAUUACCUUGCAUUUGGGAAUGCUCGAAUAAAGGAGUAUACUUCUGGAUUAAAGUACUGCAGAGCUUUUCUGGACAUCGAAUCGAAUGAUCAAGUACGCUGUCUUGAGGAAUACAUACAGAAACAAAUUGAUAAGGAAGUGGCAAAGGGUAUGGCAGUCGCUGGAGGAGCAGCCCUAGUACUUGGCGGGAUAUUGGGACUAGGCAUUGCUAUGGCUAGAAAUAAACAGAAACGGGAGAAAUAGUAAAAUCCAAAGUUUUUACGGAAUCUUAAUUCACUGUAAGGUGCGCAGCAAAGGAAUUUCGUUGCUUAAUACUAGAAACCCUAACUUACGACAAAAUAUUCCUAACGUUGUAUUAAGCUUAGCCGAUGAUUAAAUAAAUGAUUCAAUUGUUUUUUGAACAAUGUGUCUUAAAUAA